CAGCCCUCGGCCCUCAUCCCGAGCGGGAGCGCGCCAUGGGCACCUCGGACAGCGGGAGCGAGUGGAGGAUGCUGGGAAAGAGGUAACAUGGCCACCGGCGGCGGAGCGGAGGAGGAGCCACAGCGGGGCCGGCCGCAGCUCCCGCUCCCCGCGCACCCCGUGGCCCGCGCCGAGGAAUCCGAGGGCGUCCGCGAGAAAAUGGGCUGGGCCCAGGUGGUUAAGAACCUGGCGGAGAAGAAGGGCGAUUUCCGCGAGCCGCGGCGGCGCGAAGAGGCAGGCAGCGGUGCGAGUGGCGGGCUCAGCAGCCCCGGGGGCCUGGCCGCCCCGAACCCCGGCGACUUCCCACCUGCUGCUCGCGGGGACCCAAAAGGCCGCCGCAGAGACCCUACGGGGGAGGCGGCAGACGCUUACAGGAAGAAGGGCGCGAGCGGUGCGGGAGACCCUAGUCGAAGGAAGAAGGCCGAGGUGACGGCGGCCAUGGCGACCCCCGCCAGGCCCGGGGCGACCGAAGAUGCAACCGAGCGUCCGCUUCAGGACGAGCCACCGGCUGCCGGCCCGGGUAAGGGCCGCUUCCUCGUGCGCAUCUGUUUCCAGGGAGACGAGAGUGCCUGUCCGACCCGGGACUUCGUGGUAGGUGCGCUCAUCCUGCGCUCCAUCGGCAUGGACCCUGACGACAUCUACGCGGUCAUUCAGAUCCCCGGCAGCCGCGAGUUCGACGUGAGCUUCCGAUCCGCCGAAAAGCUUGCCCUGUUUCUCCGCGUCUACGAGGAGAAGCGAGAGCAGGAGGACUGCUGGGAGAACUUUGUGGUUUUGGGGCGGAGCAGGUCCAGUUUGAAGACCCUCUUCAUCCUCUUCCGGAACGAGACCGUGGACGUGGAGGACAUCGUGACCUGGCUCAAGCGCCACUGCGACGUGCUGGCCGUGCCCGUGAAAGUGACCGACAGGUUUGGCAUCUGGACCGGGGAGUACAAGUGCGAGAUCGAGCUGCGCCAGGGCGAGGGCGGAGUGAGGCACCUGCCCGGGGCCUUCUUCUUGGGAGCAGAGAGGGGCUACAGCUGGUACAAGGGCCAGCCCAAGACGUGCUUUAAGUGUGGUUCCCGGACCCACAUGAGCGGCACCUGCACGCAGGACAGGUGUUUCAGGUGCGGGGAAGAGGGCCACCUGAGCCCUUACUGCCGGAAGGUCAUCGUGUGCAACCUCUGUGGCAAAAGGGGACACGCCUUUGCCCAGUGUCCCAAAGCAGUUCACAAUUCCGUGGCAGCUCAGCUGGCCGGAGUGGCGGGACACUGAGGUCGCGUCUGCCUGCCAGGGUGAAUACACAGCCAGCUUACCCCUUUCAAGUGCCAAAACUUUUUUUUUUAAUUUUUUUUUUUAAUCGGUUUGGAAGAAAAUAUUUCUAAAACCUACCAGAGACCUUCUCUCUAUGCCUUUUUAAAACCGCGUGUGCUCCUUUUUGGCCUGUUUGAAAUGGUGAAUGUUACCAGUAGGGACUGUUUGGAACCAUUGCGUUACAGAUACGUCGCCUGCUUUUUUUUUUUUUAAUUCCUGUUUCGUAUUUGUUUUUGGUACUUUCAUCGGCCCCCCUUCCCCCUUUUUACUACCUCCCUCCCUGUACAUUGUCUCCUUAAAAGAUGUGUGCCCUUUGGACCGCCUUGCUCAUAUCUUUAUGUCUAAGCCCAGGGUACAGGGCCCAUCGCGGGAUAGACACUCUUAUCAAGGGUUUCACUGAAUCAGAGCGUUAUUGACUGGCAUCUGUCAAGAGUGUCGCCCUUUUGCUGACUGGCAUCUGUCAAGAGUGUCGCCUUUUUGCAGCUCUCUGCUGGGCCCUUUUCAUUUGCUGCUUCUAUGUGGUAUCAGACUUUGUGAAAACAGUGUUGCCAGAAGUGUGUAAUCUGAAUAAGCUCUGAGUGGUGACCAAGGGCCCCUCGUGGCAAAAAAAAAAAGUAAAAAAAGUACCUACAUUGUGACAGCUCCUUGAGGUGGCUGAGAAGCCAUAGGCCUACCGGAUCAUGGAGCCUGCUGGAAACGACCCAGGAGGUGGUUUUGUUGGGUCUGGGAGAGGGGUUGCGUUUGGUUUUGUGUUUUGGGACAGGGUCUCACUGCAUCCCUUGGCCGGCUUGGAACUGGCUGCAUUCAUACAACAGGCUAGAUGCAGACUUGGAGUGACCCUCCCGACUCUUGCCUGUACCUCCCUGGACAGGGUUUUUUAAACUAACCCCUUGGUUUUCCAGCAGAUAAAGUGAACGCAGAGAAGUUAAAUGACUGGGACAUAAUACGCAGCAUGGUGCCUCAGAUAGCCCAUCGUAGAGUCCCCUGACCCCCAUGCCCGGUGCUCAUCCCAUUACCUCUCACACUUCACAACGAUCUCGACACUGGUGCGCAAGGGAGUCUGCUCUCCACGGCGAUGAUCCCAGCAGUGUUGAGACAUCACCCUGAAAGGGCAGAGAAAACUUGCCCUGCUGCUUGGGAGCUAGGGAAGGAAGGGACAGAGGCGCACACCCUAGGCUGCCUGCUUCAGCCCUUGGAGUACCACAUCUUAAAUGUUCCAGGGCCCUCCCCUUCCACUGUCACAAUGAGAAACGGUUCCCCUCAGUAAAGAAACUUACCAGACGUUUACAUUUUCACCUCUGCCUCAGCCCCUAGGAACCCUAGAGAAAGCAGCUCAUCCAUAACCUUUAACCUCUGACCCUCAGGAAAAAGGUGGUUUUAACCCAGAAUCAUGAGGGAGCUGUAAACUAGAACAUGUUCUUGGGGAAAACAGGCCAAGACAGGGCCUGGCUCAAUUAAGUGUUAUCAAGUUAAAGUGAAAGACGGUAAACUGCUUUUCUUCAGUUAUUGUCUUCUCUUUGCUGUUUUGCUAUUUCCUUGUGGCUUAGAAUGUAAAAUCAAUUGUUAAGAUUUGUUCUGAAUAAAUAUUUAUCUUUCGUA